UAAGAAUUUGUUGUGGGUUCUGUUACAGAAAAAAAUGAAUACGGAACAAUUUAAAAAAUACGGUUAUGAUGUAAUCGAAUAUAUUUGUGAUUAUAAUGAAAAUAUAGGAGAUCGAGAUGUUGCACCAACAAUUGAUCCAGGAUACUUAAAAGAUUUAAUACCAAGUGAAGCUCCAUUAGAUGGCGAAGAUUUUGAAAAUGUACUCAAAGAUUUUGAAAAUAAAAUAAUGCCAGGUGUGGUACAUUGGAAUCAUCCAAAAUUUUUUGCUUAUUUUCCCGCUGCAAAUUCAUAUCCAUCAAUUUUAGGUGAUAUGUUAAGUAGUGCGCUUGGUUCAAUUGGUUUUUCUUGGGCAUCCUGUCCAGCAGCUACAGAACUUGAAACAAUUGUUUUAGAUUGGUAUGCAAAAGCAUUAAAUUUACCCAAAUUUUUUCUAAGUAAUAAUUCAAUAAAUGAAAAUAACAAAAAACCGAACACGAAUGGUGGGGGUGCAUUGCAAGGUUCAGCAUCAGAGUGUGCCUUAAUUUGUUUAAUUGCUGCGAGAGCAAGGGUUAUUAGACAACUUAAAAGCAGAAAUGGUAACGAAAAUAUACACGAUAGUGUAUUUCUACCGCAUUUAAUAGCUUACGCAAGCAGAGAAGCUCAUUCUUCAAUUGAAAAAGCAGCUAAAAUGGCUUUGGUUAAGUUAAGAAUUAUCGAAGUUGAUUCACGAUGUCAAAUGAAAGUAGAUCUUCUACAGGCAGCAAUUCAAAAUGAUAUUAAUCAUGGUUUGACACCAUUUUUUGUUGUGGCUACCGUUGGUACAACAGGAUCGUGUGCCUUUGAUGAUAUCGUUAAAAUUGGAAAAAUAUGUAAAGAGCAUAAAUGUAUUUGGUUUCACGUUGAUGGUGCCUACGCUGGAAAUUCAUUUAUUUUACCAGAAAUGCGUAAUUUUUCUAAAGGCUUAAAAUAUGCUGAUUCAUUUAAUACAAAUCCAAAUAAAUUAUUAUUGACAAAUUUCGACUGUUCUGCAUUAUGGGUAAAAAAUGUUUUGAAUUUAACAACAGCAUUAACGGUCAACCCUUUAUAUCUACGUCACGAACAUAAAGAAGGCAUUGAUUUAAGACAUUAUGGUAUUCCAUUAAGUCGGAGAUUUCGUGCUUUAAAAUUGUGGUUUGUGUUCCGUACAUAUGGUAUCAAAGGCAUUCAAAAAUACAUUAGGAAUCAUAUAUAUUUAGCAAAAAAGUUUGAAAUGCUUGUUAACCAAGAUAAUAGAUUCGAAGUUACAAAUGAUGUUUAUUUGGGAUUAGUUUGCUUUAGACUUAAAUCAUCCGAUGAAAUUAACCAAGACUUAUUAGCUCAAAUUAACCAUUCUGGAAAGAUGCAUAUGAUACCAGCAAUGAUAAAUGGGAAAUAUGUAAUUCGAUUUUGUGUAACAUAUGAGCAUGCAAAUGAAAAACAUAUCGAAGACGCUUUUAAAGAUAUAAAAUCAUAUGCAGAUGAGAUAUUAGCAGAAAAUCCCCUUAAACAAAUUGAAUAUCAACCAAACAAAGUUGAAGAUGAAGUUAAAAAAGUUGAGAAAACAGAGCCAAAACAAACAGUUUCGGGAAGACAAGUUUGCCCCAAAAAGAAACUUACAAGAACGAAAUCAUUACGCUUUUCCUUUACACGUAGCAUAUCUAGGGAAAUUUUUGAGUCACAGAAUGAACAUCUGACAGACGGUUGUACUCCGAUAUUAGUUAUAGGACAAGAUGAUUUAAAUAAAAGCUUCUUAGAAGCAAUGAGUAAACAAAAUAAAUUAAAAGAUAUUUCUGAUGUGGAUAGUGAUGAAAUUAGCAACUAAAACGAAAUUUACAGUUAACUUAUUAGCUAGCGAAAUUUAUCUGGAAUAUAAGUACGUAAUUAGUACAUACAUAUAUAUAUACGUACAU